AUGCCCAUCGGAGAAGACAAGAAAUCUGGAGUUGCCGGAGGUGUGACUGCAGUCACUUCUACACUCGGCAACGGUGUCGGUGGUCUCUUAGGCACUGUGGGUGGAGUCACCGGAGCUGCUGCUCGAGGAAUCGGCAACACUGUGACUGGUGUUACAGGAAAUACCGGCAAACCGCUCGGUGACGCUUUGGCUUCUCUCGGAAAUGGUGUUGAGGAUGGAACAAACAAUAUUGCUCGUGGAGUUGAGGCCGCUGGUCAGGGCAAGAAGGCUUGGUAA